AUGCCAACACCGAGUCCCUCACAACAAGCACCCCGACCGACUCCCUCCGGCAUGGCCGAGCAGAUGUCGAGACAGAUACACUUGCAAGAUCUCGAAGAGCGGCACCACGAUCUGAAUGACAUUCUCCACCACCGCAAGCGCUUUCUCGAUGAGAUCCGUCGCAUGGAGAAAGCCCAUCGCAACAAAGGAGGUGCCAGAUUUGAGGUAGAGGAGGAGUACUUGACAAGCCUGGGUACUGUGCAGGACAUGUUGAAGAGGAUGGAGCAAGAGCUUCGUGGGAUCCUUCGGGAGAUAGCACACGUGCUUGAGGACGAAUGA